UUUUGAAAGUAAUGUAAUAAAUGACCACACCCCCUCACUAUACACCCCUCUCCACCUUCACCCCUCCCCCUUUUUGAUUGAAGUAUUUAGAUAGGUCCCUUCACCUUUAAAAAGAAAAAUAGUAUGGUCUAUUACUAAAUAAUAGACCUGUUUAUUGUUGGGCCACUGCUGGGCUGGUUUUUCAGUUUUCUUAUUGUUGGUGUUUUUUAACCGAAGUAGCGAAUUUUACAGAUUUAAAAUUUCUUUCUCAUUGUUAUCUACACAAACAAAAGGUUGUAAAUUUUCUUCUUUAAUUAUUUCUAAUCUAUUCUAGUAAACGUUUAUUAAAUAUGUAAAAUAAAGUUAGAAGCCGGUAGUUAAAAGGUGUUUCUUAGCAAUUCUUGUGAUAUUUAUGAUGGAUGCUGAAUUUACGGGCUGUAUUUUACGGAUUUCUGUACAGUGGUGGGGAAAAAGUGGUUCGGUCACAUGGCGUCUGAUCUAAGCAAUUGUAGUAAGAGCAAAAACAAUUUCAAGCUUUAUGAGAAAACGUAGUUGAUAUGCAUUCGUGUAUUCAGUGAAAUAACCAUGUUAUACUUAUUUUCUGAAAAUAGGCUAAUAUCUCACUGGCAGUAAGAGGGUAAAUUUCAAUCGAAAUAAAGGAAUUCCCGUGGCGUGUUAAACAAACAUAUUACUUUUGGUCAGCACAAAAAUGUAAAAAUAUAUUUAGCGUUAUUAUUCAAUUUCUGGAGAGUGGGUUGCUUCAGAUUCCAUUAGGGCGGGCACUAUGUUCAGGUUUAUCAUAAAAAAAAAAAAAUAAAUAAAAAAUUUAAACACUUUAAAUGUAUGUUCAUAAUGUUGGUUUUUAUGUAGCAAUAGUAAAAGGAACUUAAUUGUGACAAUGCGGCAAUAGUCGGUACUUACGGCAGUUAAGAGGUGGUCUUAUGGCGCAUUUAUAUAUAAUUACCAAGACAGUUUGUUGAGUCGAGUUUUAGUUCAUAUGCAAUAAAUCUCUAAAAGGUUUGUUAAUUAUUAUAGUGGGUUAGCUAUAAGCCAAAUAUGGCUUUUUUCGGUAUUUACUUAUUAUCUUUAUUGUUUAUUUUAUUGCACACAUGGAAACGCGAAACCGGAAAAGGCGCCGUCCGUCGGUCAAACUACACCAGCAUCCCAGCCAAAACCUCCCUGGCACCAGCCAACAACCCCGUCAGCUGCCUUCCACCCAAAUGCCCGAUCAGCUGCCUCCCAACCAACAGCCUGUCCAGCUGCCUCCCAACCAACAGCCUGUCCAGCUGCCUCCCACCCCCAGCCAUCGACUCGGCCAAUGGUCUUCAAACCAACAGUCCGGCCAUCAACCCGACCAGCUGCCUCUCAGUCAACAACUGGGCGACCAGAUGCAGCCUGCAGCAAGCCAGCCAGAUCCGGCUGUUCAAUCGGCGCAAGUCAGUAUGGAAGAUGUGACAAAUUCAGCUGGGGCUGAAAAAGCAAACGCGGAAUUACAAAAUGAUGAUGAACUGGAUUCUGAUUCGUCAUUUGAAUCAGUGUCAAGUGAUAUCGAAAUCGUGGUGGAUUCGUCAAAUAACACAGAGGACUUUACAAACGAUGUCGGUGAAAGUAGACCAAGAUUAUUAGAUAUCUUAGAAAAUGAAACUUCUGAUGAACUCGGUGCAGUUAAUAACGGGAAUAACUCGAAUAAGAUUGCAGUCGAAGAACUCUCUUUACAAGCUAUUGCCAUACGCGCCGGAAUACAAAAUGAACUUGAUGUGGAUGAUUCAGAACAAGCUCUUCUUUUUUGCGAACCAUGUGGAAUUCAACACAAAACUGUCCCAGCAUCAACGUUUUGCCUACGUUGUGAAAAUGAGAUGUUAUGUGAUAUAUGUUCAACAAUUCAUAGGUCGUUGCCUGUUACGAAAUCACACGAUCUUGAAGAUAUAUCCGAACAUCCGGCAAACAAAAAGAGUGGAGCUAUUCUCCCUUGCAGCUUAUGUCUCUUGCAGAACCUAGAAACUGAAGCAAACUUUGAAUGCCAGCAGUGUGAAGCCAAUUUAUGUGAUUCUUGCAUUAAUCAACAUCGGGCACAAAAGGCAACACGCUCACACAAAAUUAUGCCAAUUAAUGGAGCAAUCAAGCAAGAGCCGAUUCAUGCCAUCAACCAGAAUCAAAAGUCCGCAAAACAAACCACACAUUUAGCUAAAGGCGCACUACAGUUGAAAACACCCGGACGUCCUACGGCUCUUGAGGUAACAUCAGACUCGAUAAUGCUUUCCUGGACAAAGCCUUCGUUUUUCGAAGAAGGGGAUUAUUUUCAAAUAUGCUACAAGGACGUCAUGCAAGGAGCAAAGUGGAAGGUGUAUACCGGAGAAUUCACAGAGUGCACACAGGUUCUUACCGAUGUUAGGUCAAAUACAGAGUUUGUGUUUCGGGUGAGAGUCGUUUGCAACGAUGGCGAGGGACCUUACAGCGAAGAAAGCGACGUAAUUAAAACGCAUGUUUCAACCGCUUCUCGUCUGGUUGGAUUCUCAGUUCGUCUUGGUGCGGAGGCUGUGUCACCGAUACAGUAUGCCUUACCAAUGUGUGAAGUAAAAGGAGCACGAAACGGAAAAGCAAAAACGAGAAAAUUUGAAGUUGGCUCACCGAAAGAUGCUAAUUGGCAAGAAAAAACUAUUUUGAUGAUAGGUGAAACCGGAACAGGGAAGAGUACCCUCGUGGAUGGGUUGGCAAACUUCAUAUUAGGGGUAACAUGGAACGAUAAUUUCAGGUUUACCAUUGUCAAUCUGGAAGAAGAAGAACAGCAAAAGAUUAAAAAUCAGGCACUUUCCCAAACUGAGUGGAUAACGUGCUAUACCAUUCAUCCGCAAGAUGGAAGCAGAUUACCGUACACUAUCAAUAUUAUCGAUACUCCCGGUUUCGGUGAUACACGGGGCAUUGAACGGGACCAGGAAAUCGUGGAACAAAUUCGAGAGUUGUUUUCAGCGAAACCGCCAAUGGGUGUCUUAUACAUAGAUGCCGUUUGUUUUUUACUGAAGGCACCGGAUGCUCGAUUAACGCCAAUUCAGAGCUACAUAUUUCAGUCGAUCAUGUCAUUAUUCGGAAAUGACAUAGAAAGUAACAUAUGUUCUCUGAUCACAUUUGCAGACGGCAUGGAUCCUUCAGUGUUCGCCGCUUUAGAUGAGUCUGGAUUACCCUUUGGCGAAAGAUUCACAUUUAAUAAUUCUGGGCUGUUUGCGAAAAAUACAGAUCUUUCUCAAACAUGUUUAUCACCGAUGUUUUGGGACAUGGGGCUUGUCAGUUUCAGAAAGUUCUUCAAACAUAUCGAUACUUUAGCGACAAAAAGCUUGCAACUAACCAGUGAUGUGCUAUAUGAGAGAUGUCGCUUAGAAGCAACGAUCCGAAACCUUCAACCAAAACUCGACGUUGGUCUCAACAAGAUCAAUGAAUUGAAAGCAGAAAUUAAAUUCUUUGAAGACAAUAAGUCCAUCAUUGCCGACAACAAAGAUUUUACAUACUUUGUUACGACAACUAAACAUGUCAAAAGAGACCUACCACGAGGUAUUCAUGUCACAAACUGCACCCAUUGCAAUUUUACAUGCCAUGACAAUUGUUCGUAUGCAAAUGACGCUGACAAAAUCAAUUGUGUGGCAAUGACAAACGGGUUUUGUAGAAUUUGUCCUGAGAAGUGCAUUUGGAAUCUACAUGCAAAUACGCCAUACAUAUUUGAAUUUCUUCUUGUCGAAGAAUUAAAAACCUACGCAGAAAAGAAACACAAAUACGAAGAGGCGUCUGGAAAGCUUCUUACUCAAGAACAGGUGUUAGAAAAGAUGGUAGAGGAGCUUGACGAAAUGGUUGAUACCAUCGAAGAUAUGAUGAUUGUUGUACGAAAUUGCAACACCCGUCUAGGUAAAAUUGCCUUGCGCCCAAAUCCGCUGUCUAUGGUCGAACACAUUGACCUGAUGAUUGAGAAUGAAAAGCUGCAGAAGAAGAAGGGUUGGUAUGAGAGGGUUCAGACGCUGUAUCGGUUCCGUAAGCGAGCACAGGUCGCUGAUGAAGCAGAGAUGUUUCAUAAGGAAGCGCAAAACCUUGGUGUGACCGGAAAGAGGCGUAAGGACAAAAGGACUGUUUUCCAACGAUUUCGGGAUUUAUUCGGUUUCUAAGUGCCGGAAAAGGACACAAGAUGUAUUAAGUGUCGACCGGUAUUUGUACUACAUGUCUGUUUUAGAUCUUAAGAUUUUCAGCUCGUUUCAUCCUAGCGUACAUGUAAUUGCAUAUUAGGUUCGCGAUACGGUUUCGCUUCAAUGAUGUUUAAUUAACGCUUGCAUUAAAUUAAGAAUUAUGUAUAAGUGGGCAUUUUAUCAAAGUAUUAUGUAGAUCCAGUUUGGCAUAGUACGUUUAACAUGAUCAUGUAAGCAAAAUAACCUGAAUUUAUGUCAGGUUCAGUUUAGUUUUCUUGAGGUAUUAGAAAAAUGUGAGGUGCAAAAAUGCUUCUUUGUUUACAGUAGAGGUCGAGACAUAUUUAGUCCGAAGUCUUCUUGUGUCCUUUUUUACAUAAGUUGUCCUGUCCUUAAAAACCAUGUGUAAUUUGACAGAUCAUUCGUAUUAGUGACAUGAAUAUGGCUUCGAAAAUUAUUUACCAAUGCCCACAUUACAAUACAUUUUAACAAACAUUUAAGCAUCAGUCAAUUAUUAAGUUAUUACACACUAAGCUUAAUCGUUCGCCACUCAAACCAUCCGAAUAAAUUAUCACAGGGCUCGAUGUUUACAUCAUAUACCAAUCUUUGAGUGGUUGAAAUGCAUAAUGUGACAGGUUUUUACAUUGAAGCCAGCUGUUUGUAUACAUAUUUAUGAAUGAUUACCAUUUAGGUGUUUAUACAUCUUUAUUUUGAUGUUGGCAUUUUAACAGCUAUAUAUGUAUUGUUUGAUUUUGUUUCGCCUGUUUGAUAAUCAUUAUGCAGUUUCGCCUUUUUAAUUAUCAUUAAGCAACAAAAUAUAAACUGAUAUUUAGAAUUUAAUUUUGGAUCAUUAUAUAACUUGUAAGACGAAAAUAACUCUUUGAAUAGCAAACUGCAACAUAUGCAAACAACUAUAGAAAUAAAGUAAA